GGGGGCGGGGCCUGCGGGCGCGCGCACGCGUCCGGCGCGCCCCCUCCCGGCCGCCAUGUUGGCUGGUGUGUGGGUGUCAAACGGAGCAAGACGCGGUGGUGGCGGCGGCUCCCCGGGCUCCGGUCGCUCCCGCCUCCCCAGCGCUGCCGGCGGCCGCAGCGGUGCACCCACGCCGGCCCGGAGGAGCAGAGUGUUCGUUUCUGUGUCGGGCACAGUACUAAGUGCUGGGUGCUCACUGGUGAUGAGGCAGAUGAAGGUUACCAAACUUGUGGACAGGAGCCUCAUGUCAGAGACGUGGACCUCACUGUAGCCUGGUCAUGGCUUCCAGCUUUUCGAAUCUGAGGCUCCAAAGGAGGAAAUGACCAUUCAGGGAUCUUACUCCAGCUUGAUUACGGAAACUGAACCUUCAUAAGGUGUGCACUUACCAAGGACAGGAAGGUUUCUCUCUUUGAAGGGCUUUAAACUUAUAACAGAGAAAAUAAAAAUGACGACUUCGUCUAUCAGACGGCAGAUGAAAAACAUCGUGAACAAUUACUCAGAGGCAGAAAUCAAAGUCCGGGAAGCCACCUCCAAUGACCCGUGGGGCCCGUCCAGUUCUCUGAUGACCGAGAUUGCCGACCUGACCUACAACGUGGUGGCCUUCUCGGAGAUCAUGAGCAUGGUGUGGAAGCGGCUCAAUGACCAUGGCAAGAACUGGCGGCAUGUGUACAAGGCACUGACCCUGCUGGACUACCUCAUCAAGACAGGCUCCGAACGUGUGGCCCAGCAGUGCCGGGAGAACAUCUUCGCCAUCCAGACCCUGAAGGACUUCCAGUACAUUGACCGAGAUGGGAAGGACCAGGGCAUCAAUGUGCGUGAGAAGUCAAAGCAACUGGUGGCCCUCCUCAAAGACGAGGAACGGCUGAAGGCUGAGAGGGCCCAGGCUCUCAAAACCAAAGAGCGCAUGGCCCAGGUUGCCACUGGCAUGGGCAGCAACCAGAUCACCUUUGGGCGAGGCUCCAGCCAGCCCAACCUCUCCACCAGCCACUCGGAGCAGGAGUAUGGCAAGGCCGGGGGCUCCCCAGCCUCCUACCAUGGCUCGCCUGAGGCCUCACUGUGCCCCCAGCACCGCACAGGGGCCCCGCUGGGUCAGAGUGAGGAGCUGCAGCCACUGAGCCAGCGCCACCCCUUCCUGCCGCACCUGGGGCUGGCCUCCCGCCCAAAUGGCGACUGGUCCCAGCCCUGCCUCACUUGUGACCGCGCAGCCCGAGCCACCUCCCCGCGAGUGUCCUCUGAGCUGGAGCAAGCCCGGCCCCAGACUAGUGGAGAAGAGGAGCUUCAGCUGCAGCUGGCACUUGCUAUGAGCAGAGAAGUGGCUGAGCAGGAAGAACGCCUCAGGCGGGGUGAUGACCUCAGAUUACAGAUGGCCCUGGAAGAAAGCCGAAGGGACACAGUUAAAAUUCCAAAAAAGAAAGAGCACGGCUCUCUCCCACAGCAGACUACACUGUUGGAUUUAAUGGAUGCUCUCCCCAGCUCAGGCCCCGCGUCCCAGAAAGCGGAGCCCUGGGGCCCGUCGGCCUCCACUAACCAGACCAACCCCUGGGGCGGGCCAGCGGCUCCUGCGAGUACUUCAGAACCCUGGCCAUCGUUUGGUACCAAGCCAGCUGCCUCCAUUGACCCAUGGGGGGUGCCCACUGGAGCCAGCACACAAUCUGUCCCCAAGAACUCGGACCCCUGGGCAGCUUCACAGCAGCCUGCCUCCAGUGCUGGGAAAACAGUUUCUGAUGCGUGGGGUGCAGUCUCCACCACCAAGCCUGUGUCUGCCUCUGGGUCCUUUGAGGUCUUCAGUAAUCUGAAUGGUACAAUUAAAGACGACUUUUCUGAAUUUGACAACCUUCGGACUUCAAAAAAAACAGCCGAAUCUGUGACCUCUCUGCCAUCCCAAAACAAUGGAACUACCAGCCCUGACCCCUUUGAGUCUCAACCCCUGACCGUCGCCUCAAGCAAGCCCAGCAGUGCCCGGAAAACACCUGAGUCCUUCCUGGGCCCCAACGCGGCCCUGGUGAACCUGGACUCACUGGUCACCAGGCCUGCCCCACCGGCCCAGUCCCUCAACCCUUUCCUGGCACCAGGUGUACCCGCUACCUCGGCCCCUGUUAACCCCUUCCAAGUGAACCAGCCCCAGCCACUGACGCUGAACCAGCUUCGGGGGAGCCCAGUCCUGGGGACCAGCACAUCCUUUGGGCCUGGCCCAGGAGUGGAGUCCAUGGCUGUGGCCUCGAUGACCUCCACGGCCCCACAGCCAGCUCUGGGGGCCAGUGGUUCCUCUCUGACACCACUGGGCCCUGCAACGAUGAACAUGGUGGGCAGUGUGGGUAUCCCCCCAUCGGCAGCCCAGGCCACCGGCACAACCAACCCUUUCCUUCUCUAGUGCCUGGGCCUGGGACCCGCCCAGAGCACCUGUGCUGGAGGAUGCAGAGCAGGGACUCUCGUCUGUGGGACGGGAUCCAAGAGUUUGGGGAUUAGGGGUAUUAGGGCUUUUCAGCUCCAGCUUCCUGACAAAAGGGCUGUCUUUACAGCCCCAACCCUCAGACCCUCGCCUUCCAAGGCAGGCCCCUCGGCCUGGCCUGCUCUCACCACCUCCUCCAAAGCACUCAGGUCCUGGCAGGGCUCCUCUGAGGCCUUGGACGAGAAGGUGGAUUCAUCAGUGUUGCCCUUGCCCCCAGCCUCAGCCUGAGGGUCUCCAGGAUGUUGCUUGGCCCAGGACUUGGGGUGGUGGCCUUGUCUUUGUCCUCCCCACCCCCCAGCCCUAGGGACACCCCAGGCAGUCCUGGGUGUGGACACGAUUAAGCACCGGCUCCAUAAGACACCUUUUGGAGAAGUGGUUGUGCAUAUUUUAUUUUUCUUUGACUCGUGUGAGUUCAAAAAAAACACCACCACCGUGGACAACUCUUGAAUUAAAUCCACUAGAGCGAGCUUUAAAACUAAUCUGAGCAUAACCCCCAACGUGGCUCUAUGCUUGUGUACCUUUGCACAUAUUUUGUUUAGUACAGUUUUGGUUUUUUUUUUUUUAUCAAGACGGAGUCUCGCUCUGUCGCCCAGG